AAAGACGAGAGGUUUCGCGAUUCCAUUUUCACUUGGUUCUCUUAGUGCCGCACAAUCAAAAUUCCAAUCGACGAUGGCGAACACACUGCAACGCGCUCUACGCGCCACCUUGCUCCGCCGCUUCUCCACCGAUGCAUUGGUUGAAAUCAAACCGGGCGAGAUCGGAAUGGUUGCUGGAAUUCCUCAAGAACACCUUCGUAGGAGGGUUGUAAUUUACUCUCCUGCUAGAACUGCGACUCAACAAGGGUCUGGGAAGGUUGGAAGAUGGAAGAUCAACUUCUUAUCGACCCAAAAGUGGGAAAAUCCUCUGAUGGGCUGGACAUCCACUGGGGACCCAUAUUCUCAUGUUGGUGAUUCUGCCUUGAGUUUUGAUAGUGAAGAAGCCGCAAAAGCGUUUGCAGAGAAGCAUGGUUGGGAAUAUGUAGUCAAAAAGCGCCACACACCGUUGCUUAAGGUUAAAUCUUAUGCGGACAACUUUAAAUGGAAGGGCCCGCCCAAAUCUGAUCAAGAGUGAUUUGUUGAUUUGUAUUGUUGCUAAUGUAUUGUCUUCAGGAGUUUCAAAGUGCAGCAGUUUUUUCUGCAUCUUUUCUUGGAAAAAAGAAAGUUUUAAUGUGAAUUCCAUAUUGAAAAUAAAAAGGACUGACUGCCAUUGGCUUAGUUUUCCUCUACGAUGUAGAUACUAUUUUCACCUGCAUCUAUUUUAGAUUGAUUCGGCCCUAUCAUCGUAAGUGGAGACGCUGUAAUGAACAAUUUGUUGGAGCACAAACUGAUCCACGACACUGCUGACCCCGGGAAACCAGAAAUUCUUAUAUGCUCAAGAGUAAUAAACUCUGGUCCGAAUUUUAUUGUGAAGUAUUAUCAAAUCGAUCUAAUGGUGAUAUUAAAUUUGAGUUAUUACGUUUUGAU